GAUGUACCCGUCUUUCCACUCAGACAAACUCAUACUAAAAUAGCACUCGGGUGUGGCACGGUUUACUUCGGAAGUUUCGAUUGUUUUGAAGCGGUUAGUAUUUCGACUAGUCAACGGAGGUAACAGUCUCCAAAGUUCCUCACCUGACCUGACCUCACCGGUCCAAAGUUCCGGAUCUUACAAAAUGCAGAGGUAUAUGGCAGCAGCUUCCAUUCUCUGUGCUUUCUCCUUGCUCGGCAUGCUGUACUUACAAAAGCUUUCUGUCGUUACUACCCCCGAGACCAACAUUAUGUCAAAGACCUUCAGGCUAUCGUCAUGGCGUCAACCGAAUGGUUCCAUUGACUUUGAAAUGAUCACCAAAUCCGAAAACUUCGUGAUUAGCGUGGUAAAGCCUCGGCCUGUGCACAGAGUCGGGAAACAGCUGUCAAUCAAAAUCGUUGCCAUGGAUUCAAGAGGGCGACCGAAGUCGUACGGAGGAGAUUUCAUUCGUACGAAGCUGUACAGCCGAUCACCAGUGGAGGCUUCUACCGCCGGAAGAGUCACCGAUCACGGGGAUGGAACUUACACAGCAACGUUCUUCCUGAGCUUUCCAGGAACACUUUCUGUGUCAGUCAAGUUGGUACAUCCGAGCGAAGCAGUGCAGGCCCUGAAGAAAUUUCGAGACGGUUCCAUAGUCAGGCGUGUCAUGGUGUGCGGAUUCCAGGAGAAAACCAACGUUACUGAGUGGAUGUUUUGUUCUAAUACUCCUAACAAGAGCCUAAAUCUUCGUGAUGUGUGUGACUUUUCCAGACCGCUUGUCAAUGUAACAUUUUACUGCGAUCGUCCGAGAUUUAGCCCGUGUGAUUCCUUCGUUGGUUGCCACCGUGACCACAGCAGCACCUUGGCGAUGCACGAUAAGAUGGCUACGGCAGAUGAGAAGAAACUGUUUCCAAGGGAUCGAGAUUUGCUGGAAGAUUUGCCUCGCAAUAUGAGCAUCCGAGUGAAAGGCAAGCGUCUUUUACGGAAAGUUCGCGGAAAGCCGCUGCCACUCUGCGCCCCGCGCCUGCCGCAGACAGCUUCAGAAGGAUAUUGGUUCAAUGGGAAUUGGACUUCACUGAGGUGUAAGGCAGGAAAAUUUCGUACCGUCGAAUCCGUCACCGAAUGUCUGCGAAACAAAACAUUGUUCUUCCGCGGAGAUUCCACAAUCAGGCAGUGGUUUCGUUAUCUGAUGUUAUUCCUGAAGUUACAGCAACAUGGUCGUGGGUCACAACCGGUAUAUGCAAUUGACGAAAAGAAUAACAUCAAAUUCCAUUUCCUAUUUCACAACUACCCGCGAAACCAAAUGCCAUUGAUGGACGGAAAAGAUAUGGGUUAUGUGGCCGAAGAAAUUGAUGGCAUUGUUGGUGGGAAGGAUGUUGUUAUUCUUAUUAGUUUAUGGGCCCAUUUUUCGGCUGAGCCGAUUCAGACGUUUCGGUCACGACUUUAUGGCAUUCGGCAUGCUAUAGAACGUUUGCAUAGUCGACAUCCAGAAACUAAAAUAAUCUGGAGAUCACCUAACACCGGCCACCACCAGCAGUUUCAACACUUUGUAGAAAACGGUGAUUGGUAUGCGUUUCAGUUGUUGCCUGUAGUCUACGAAAUCCUCGGAGAUCUGAACAUCUCCAUUAUAAACGUGUGGGAGAUGUCCGAGUCUAUGUGGCACAAUGAUGAUAUGCAUCCGCCUGAUGAUGUCAUCAAAAACCAUGUUGACAUGUUACUUUCUUACAUCUGUCCAUUCAACAAUGGCUAAGCAUUUUAAUAUCAAUAUUGUAAAUAUAGGAACGAUGUUUUCGAAAACAAGUUUUCAUUGGAAGAACACCAUCUUGGUACAUGUCUGUAUGGUGCAAUGAUGUUAUAACCACCUUAGGCCUGCAGGAAUGCCGGUAUUCAGAAAUAUAGUAAGUAUAAUUAUACUAAAUAUAAUGAUUUAUAUCCUGGAUUGUCGAAUUCAUUCACUGUACACCUUAAACAUGUCUAAUACUUUCAUGACCAAUUUAAAUAUAGACCUCCAGCCAUAAGGCUGACUUUUAAGGAAUUAAUUAAAGUACUAGAUAUACAAGUGCUAGAGAGAGGGAUGAGAGGGAGUGGAGGAAGAAAAUGUAACUUACGUUUUACUCGACAAAGACGCACAUGUAAUAAUGUAAUAACGAUACAAAUGCUGCAGCUAAAAACAUAUCUUUUGAAAAUUCCUUUUUUGUGGUAGCGUUAGAUGCAUGACAGAAUUUUUUUACCAUCUAUGUUGAUGAAAUAAAUUCAAAACAAAACACGGGAAAA